CAGUGCUUCUUCGAAAUGGCGGUACCUCUGCCCAUGGUCUCAGAGCGAAUGAACAACCCCAAAAAUCCGGUGGUCUUCUUUGACAUUACCAUUGGCGGUCAGGAGAUUGGUCGUAUCCAAUUUGAGCUGUUUGCGGAUGUGGUACCAAAGACUGCCGAAAAUUUUAGGUUGGUUCCGACUAUUCUACGACUAGUGUAA